AUGACCGCUGCUAGUGAUACUCACGCGCCCCUCGCUGCCGUCGUUCUGCAGUCUGCUUCGGCCUUCUGUGAUACGCGCCGGCGCCAGCUACAGACGCUCGCGCUCGUAGUGCUGCUGCUGGGCACCGCCUCUAUUGUCAUGCGAGUGGUGGACGUGUCCGCCGUGACGAGCAGUUUGAAUUUAAGCCAAUCAGCGCAUCGCCUCGGGGUCCUGGGUCGUCGUGGCGCUUGGAUGACGUCAACAUCGUACCACGUGCCGCAAUUGAGCGUGGGACAAGAAGCGCAACUUAACCGGUUGAUCGAGCAACGGACGAAACCGCCACAUGUUUACGAAAGUGACGAGAAAAAGGCCGAGUGCUAUGCCCAACAGGACGUGGGGAUCAUUGCUGCAGUACGAGAGUCUGCCAAAACCUUUUGUGCCACUGGCGGGUGGGACCGGUCGAAACAAGCGCCAGUGAGUCCGACCCGUGCGACGAAAAUGUCGCUCUUUGACACGAAUCACGGGCUCCGCAGUACCGUCUUGCAGAACGUCAUGCUGGAUUUCGUGAACGCGUCGAUUCAAGCUCCAAUUAAAAGCGUAGCCGAAGACGGCUAUCACCACGACCCGAGGUUCAAGUUCAACAUGAAGAUGAUUAGUUGUGCCUGCGAGGAGUUUGCACCUUAUUUUCAAGGGCUACCGGGGGACGAUGAGCGCACAGCACAAAUGAUGUGGCGAAACGUGUUGGCGUCAUUGCCGGAGAAGCAGAAUAUUCCCGAGCCAGUGUAUUGUCUGGUGAAUCGAUCGGCGGGAAUGAAUCGGUCGGAUUGGGACUUUGUGAACAAUCCACUUACAGCGCCAGAUGACCACGAGACGGUGGUGUUUGAAGACCCUGUCGUGUUGAUGGCACGCCACGACGACCACAACCCAUUUUUCCAACUGUCAAGCGCGUUGAAUUCGUGGAUUAUGCUCACGGCGCUAGAGUGGAAUACUGCGAGGACCCGUGUGAUUCAUCUGGAUGCGGGCUACCCUUCACCCUACGAUGCGUUGCAAAGAGUCAUGUUGGGACCCAACUAUGAGAUUAUUGAUGGCGCAACGCUGAUCGGUAAACGUGUACACUUUCGUGGGGAUGUGUUGCUCAGUCCGUUUGAGUUUUCGGGCCCCGCUCUUCAGCACGUGAAUCAGAACGAGUCGUGCUAUGAUUCCGGGUUGCUGAAGACGUUUCGCGCGCAGUCUCUUCUCAAGAUGAACAUAACGCCGGAAGUUGAACGUGAGCUCGGUGUGUCCAGGAUCCGACCAAUGUAUGUGACCGUGAUCACUCGCCAGCCAUACUUGGGACGUAAGUUGCAACGCAUAUGGGUGAACGAGGACGAGGUGAUGGCAAACAUGCGGAAGGACUACAAAGAUUUGAACGUAGAGUUCCGCUCGAUUGACUACGUGAACAUUACGCUACAUGAGCAGAUGACGUUUACUAUCGAGAGCGACAUGGUGAUCAGUAUGCACGGUGCUGGUCUGGUCAACGUGAUUUGGACGCGCCCGAUGACUACGGUGGUGGAGAUUUUCCCGAAGGAGAAGUAUCGCUACGGCUAUAAAAAUAUUUGCGACCACGUGGGAUGUGACUGGCACGAGUUUCGUGGUGGCGAGGACGUUGACGGAGGCCCAACUCCGAAUACUAAGGAUAAGCGUAUUCCAUAUGCCGAGUGGAAGACGUAUUUCCAUCCGCUAUUCCAGCAGGCGUAUGACGCGCUUGAGCUGCAACAGGCUGUGUUGCAUGGGCAAGCGCUGUAG